AGUGGCCGGCCUUUGGGCUGAACUGGAAAUGACCGAUAGAACGUUAAAAAACGUAUUUUCAUUAUAAACAGGGUGCCUAGUGGUGGCACAAAUUCCUUAAUUCGAUUGACAUAAAGGUGCUAUCGAUAAGUCCCAUCCCCAUCGAUGGCCUGCCACCACUGACGCAAAGAAACACAAAGGCAAAAACCCCAAACUGUGGAAUUUCCGGAGACAAGAGAGCACAUUCAUCGCGGGAAGUUAUCAGCAAACAGCAUGCCGAAACUCAGGAACCUGUUGCCCACCAUUUUUGGCGGCAAGGAGGCCCAAAAUCCUUCCGAAGGACGCCUUGAAGCGGAUGCAGCGCCCGUAGACGACAGCGAGGGAGAUAACAAUAACAGCGGAGCUCUGGCGCUGCCCUCCAUCAGCACGCCGACUGCAUCGGCCGAUCUCACCGAGUCCGUGCUGCGCGAGCUCAGCGACCCCAACUACAACUCCAUGGACGUGGUGCAGUCCGCCAGUUUUCCGGGUACUGCGCUGACCAACAAUUCGCAAACAAACAACACGAUGAACGUGCACAGCGCUCAGCAACAGGUGGUCAUGAACUUCUCGAAUGCCAGCGGCCUGCACUUUGGCUCCGUCUACAACAUAAACCAGAACCUGAGCGCUAGCAGUUCGCGCAAGGGCAGCACAAGUGCCAACGAGGAAGGAGCAGUAAUGGCUUCACCGGAAGGCGGCAAGCGAUCUAUGGCCACCCGCAAAACGGUUAGCAUAGUGGCCAUGAUGCAGUCGCAGGAAGAGCCGGAUAUUCGCCUGCUAGACGUGGUAGCCACCCAUCUGGGCGAGGGCUGGAAGCAGGUGAUGCGGGAGCUUGGACAGUCGGAAGGACAGAUCGAUCAGGCGAUAAUAGAUCAUCAAAUGCAUGGAAAUAUCAGAGAGGUGAUCUACCAGCUACUGUUGCAGUGGACGCGCAGCGCGGAGAACGGUUCGGCUACUGUUGGACGACUCACCACAGUGCUGUGGGAGUCCCAGCAUCGCGAUUGCGUGCAGAGAAUGAAACUGGUUUGGAAGGCACUGGAGAAGCGCAAGACGAACAGCUAGCCAGAGUCUGUGGAAUACAUUUAACAACCUCGACUAUUAGCGAAAACUAUGCAUUCGGAGCAGCCUGUCAUCUCG